AGUAGGUGGUCUUACCUUUUUGGAACCCACGCCUCCACAAUUUACUGCACCACUAUUUUCCUUCUCCUUCUCUCUCUCUCUCAACACAACACACACCACAAAAGAAACUACAGUGUCUGUCUCUCUCCCUCUCACUCUCACCUCAAAAAAAUGGCGGACGACUUCAUCGUCUGUAUUGACCGGAUCAUUGCCUCCACGCCCUGUUUUGGAUCAGUGGAUGGAAGACAAUGUGAUGGUGUUGGUGUUGACCCAUUAAUAAUCCCCGUUCCUGAAAAUGGUGGAGAAGGGUGCUCCUCCUCCUCCUCGUCUUCAUCUUCAAACAAGGAUGAUGAUGAUGAUGAUGUUGUUGUUGUUGUUGUUGAGUGCAGAAUAUGCCAGGAAGAAGAUCUAGCACAAGCCAUGGAGGCUCCUUGUUCCUGUAAUGGCACUCUCAAGACAAAUGCGGUCACGCAGACAUUUAAAAAAUUUGGAUAUUGUGUUCCAAACACAGUUGGAGACCCUUUUUUAAAACCUUGGUUGCAUCUGUACAAGAGGAAGUGGAAGAGGAAGAGGGUUGGGAGUUCAUUUGCUCAUAGGAAGUGUAUCCAAAGAUGGUGCAAUAAGAAAGGAAAUACAAUAUGUGAAAUCUGUAAUCAGGCAUUUUCACCGAAUUAUUCUCUUCCACCGGUCAGAAGCAAUGCAAUUAUGGCGAUUGAUAUAAGGCAAGAAUGGGGGCAUGAUGCUGAUCUCCAUGUGGCUCUAGCUUCAGCAGAGCAGCAGUUGCUGCAAACUGAGUAUGAAGAUUAUGCCAUGUCACAAACCAGUAGCAUUGCUUGCCUUCGCUCUGUCACUCUCAUUUUGUUGAUGAUUUUGCUUGUACGCCAAGCUUUAAUUCUCACAAAGAACUCUGUAACUGGGCAAGAUGCAUCGAUAAUCUUUAAUUUUGAGAUGUCAGUCCUUCAAUUUGUUGGUGUUCUUUUGCCAUGCUUUGCAAUGGCACGUUCCUGGUACGCCAUACAGAACCAAAGGAGAAGACAGGGUUAAGUGAUGCAGAACAUAGAUAAUGUUUAUCUUGGCUGGCUGUCACGAAAAUCAAGCAGUUACAACAUAUUGAUGCUGCAUGCUUUUGUUUGUCAAACGUAUUGAAGCUUUAUUCCUAGACCAUGCCAUGGUAAAACGUAGCGAUCUUUCUAAGCAAUUUUCUGCUCCUCUUCCUGUGGAAAAAAGGAAAGGAAUAAAGUAGCAGCAGCAUAUCUCAAGUGUAAUGCACUACACACAAAAAGCUUUCAAAAAUUCUAUAAUAAUGGUAUCAAAUCUCAGGCCUUUAAAUUUUUGUGCAUCAAACACGAUGCACCAAUUUACUAUUUUUCAUCAUCAUUGGCAAAAUCAUGGAUAAAAUUUCUACACUAGCAGAUAUAUCAUCUGCGCUAAAGGAUUUGUAGUAGUAGGAAAACUUAUAGUUUUGCUUAGUGUAUCUGUAUAAGAAGCUUUCUGUAUAUUGAAAUUGCUAUUUUCUUUCCAUGAUAAUUUGUAAGCAUUCUGUUACUGCUCUA